ACAUCUUUGGCUGUGGCAAUCUUAAAUAGUUUUUUUUUUUUUAAAAAUAAUUUGUGGAAUUCUAGAAUCGUCUUCUGUUGCUAUCAAAGAUUAACUGAAGAACAUCCCAGAUUAUACUCGAAUUGCACAAAUUCCUUUAUAAAUAGCAUUCUACAUCUUUCCUCUUUCAUCAAAAUAAGCAACCAGAAGUCAUCAGACAAAUUAAACGCUGCAAUCCAAAGUUCAAUUUCAAGUCCUCUGUUUUCUUCAAAAAAAAAAGAAGAAGAAGAAAAACAAAUGUCUUUGAUUCCAAGCUUCUUCGGUGGGCGUAAGAGCAACAUCUUCGAUCCAUUUUCACUCGACGUAUGGGAUCCGUUUCUGGACUUCCCAAUUUCAACCAACCUCGCCAAUUUCCAAUCAUCCUAUGAUUUUGCAAAUGCAAGAAUCGAUUGGAAAGAAACCCCAGAAGCCCAUAUCUUCAAAGUGGACGUUCCGGGGAUUAAGAAAGAGGAAGUGAAGGUUGAAGUUGAAGAAGGAAGAGUAUUACAGAUAAGUGGUGAGAGGAGCAGAGAACAAGAGGAGAAGAACGAUCAGUGGCACCGUAUGGAGAGGAGCAGCGGCAAGUUCGUAAGAAGAUUUAGGCUACCGGAGAAAGUUAAAAUGGGUGAAAUAAAGGCGGCGAUGGAGAAUGGAGUGCUGACUGUGACUAUUCCGAAAGAAGAGGAGAAGAAGAAGCCUGAGGUGAAAGCUAUUGAUAUCUCUGCUUAAAAUUAUUAUACAACUGAUUUAUGAGUGCUUUUACUAGUAAUGACUACAAAGUGUUUGUUAAAAGUUCCUAGUAAAAAAUUUUCUGGAGUCUAAAGCUCCUGAAUUUACAUGUGUGCAUGUUUGUAUAAUGACUACUUCUAGUUGUAAAUAAGUGUAAUGAUCAAGAUAUUAAUAUACUGAGUGAGUUUCAUUUCA